CGGAUAAUCGCACCAACCAAUUUUAAGCACUUAAGAAAAGGUAAACCAAACUAACUUGUUUUAUUCAUUGAAACAACCACGAUUAGGUUAAGAUUACUGUGCAGUGCGGAAGCCUUGCCCUCGUAUAAUUCAGUUAAUGGACGUUACCCUAUCAGACGACAGCUGAAAAUAUCUCCCCAGUCGUGCACUAUACGCGACGGUGGCCGGUCGGUGAACGCUCGGCUCGCAGUCAUCCCUCCGACGCACAGCGAUAACGACCGCGAUGCGUUCCCUCGUAUACAUCGCUGCCGCGCUGUCGCUUUCUAACUAUGUCUACUCGGCACGUAUUCUUGGGUUGUUCCCUCAUACAGGCAAGAGUCACCAAAUGGUCUUCGAGCCUUUGCUAAAAACUCUCGCCGAGCGCGGACACGAUGUAACCACGGUGUCUUUUUUUCCACUGAAAAACCCACCAGCUAAUUACACCGAUGUCAGCCUAGAAGGUAUCGCUCGACUUGGAGUGGAAACGAUAGACUUACAAAUAUAUGAAAACCCGCCCGGUUUUAUGAAAUAUUUGGGUGUGGAUGUAGAGCGGAUGGUGAAGCAAGCAAUGGAGUUUGCGCCGCUGGCUGAUAUGGCUUUAAGUGUUUGUCGGAAACUAGUGGACUGGCCAGCCUUAACAAGUGCCUUAAAAAAGGAUUACGACUUAGUGUUAGUUGAGAACUUUAACAGUGAUUGUAUGCUAGGUUUAGUCCACGUUUACGAUAAAAGCCCUAUUGUGGCUCUUUUGUCAAGUGGAGUGAUGCCGUGGUCGCCAGGACGAAUUGGCCUGGCUGAUAACCCGUCGUACGUCCCUACUAUCAGCACUUCAUUUAUCGAUAAAAUGACUUUUAUUGAACGCCUGGAGAAUACAUUGUUACAACUUUAUUUCAAGUGGUGGUAUAGAUAUGAAAUCCAGGUGAAAGAACAGGAGAUUAUAGAAAAGCAUUUCGACAGGAAGAUAACAGAUUUGUCGGAUCUGGGGAAGAAUAUAUCUUUGAUGUUGUUGAAUACUUUUCACGGUUUGAACGGAGCAAGGCCACUCUUACCUGGGGUGGUGGAAGUCGGCGGUAUGCAUUUGGACCAAAAUAAGAAAACAAUACCACCGUAUAUCGAGAAAUUUCUUAACGAGUCUUCCGAAGGCGUGGUCCUGUUCAGCUUCGGCUCUCUGAUCAAGACCGCGUCAAUACCGAAAUACAAAGAGGAGAUCAUCAUCAACGCCCUGUCCAAAUUGAAGCAGCGGGUGGUGUGGAAGUACGAGGACAGCGACGAGGAGGGCACCAUCACCGGGAACAUCAUGAGGGUCAAAUGGAUACCGCAAUCAGAGUUACUGAGGCACAAAAAAGUGUUGGCGUUCAUAGCGCACGGUGGUCUGCUGGGCAUGACCGAGGCGAUAUCGGCAGGCAAGCCAAUGCUGGUAGUGCCGUUCUUUGGAGACCAACCACAGAACGCAGCGGUGGCCGAGGCUGCGGGACUGGCCAAGGUUUUGUCGUACGCGGAUUUGUCGGAGGAAUCCAUGCUUGAGGGGCUGCAGAGCGUGCUCAGCGCAGAAAUGCGUAUCAGCGCUCGUCGAGCUUCCCAAAUUUGGCGAGACAGGCAGAACGAGCCGCUCGAUACUGCGGUCUACUGGACAGAGAGGGUGCUCCGCUGGGGACAGCAGGCGCCCCUCCACUCCGGCGCCAAGCACCUCGCUUUACACGAAUACGCGCUACUCGACGUCGCUGCCGCCUUGCUGGGGGCCAUCGUGUUGUCUAUUCUACUGCUACAUUACACAAUCUUCACCCUUAUCCCUAAAACAAUAAGUGCUAGUUUUGGUAAAGAGAAAAAGAAGAUUCAUUGAUGUUUGGCUGUGGUCCAGGUGACAUAAUAGGUAUUUUUGGUAAUAGAUUAGUCUAGUAACACAUUGUUAUUUAGGUAGGUAUGUAAAAAUGUGGGAAGUAAUAUAAAAUUUACGCAUUGGCACGGUGCGAAACCGGUGGAAUGAGAAGUGGCGCUGAUUGUCACAAACACACGUUAUCUUAUGGAAUGUCAAACAUGAAUACUAUUAGCGGCAGCCGUUGCAACUAAUUCUACUCCAAAAAUGUUGCUUAGAAAAGUAGACAAAAUGAGAGCAAAACCAGUCGUGCUCCUAGGUGAAAAUUAUAGAUCUACCGUCCCAAAUGUAUAAAAUUUAGAUAUUGCAUCAAUAGAUAGGUAGAUGAAUUUGCCAAUGUCUAUUUUACCACCAAAGUUACUAAUAUUUUAUGAGAAUCAACAAAACUGUCUCGGUAAAUAAUUAUUACCUACUUAGAGUCAAACCAAGCUAAGUCAGCAGCGAUUUUGAUAGUCCACAGCCUGUACAACUGUUAAGAAAACGUCACAAUUACAAAAUCGCUGCCAACUUAUCUUGAUCUGACUUUUUUCCUAGUAUAUUUAAUGUUAUAGAAUAGAAUUGUGUAGGUGGAUAAGCGUUAUUUAACUUGUGCUCUCAAUUAAACAUAUCUUUAAAAAAUCCAGUUCCUAAUAUUUAUUAUCUUAUAACGUACUUGAAAGCGCGCAAGGGAUCUACCCUUUUAAUAAAUAUUAUAAUGAAUAUAUUGUGAUAUUGUGAUAAAAAUAUUUUAACCAACAUUUCGUCUUCGAUUAUAUUAAUCUGAAUAGAUUAUGCGAAUGCCAGUUACUUUGCUACGGUUUGUUAGUACUGUUAGUAGGUCCGUAGCAAAAAUAGCUAUACCUACUUUUAACGCCUUUUUUUACGAGCUGUUGGUUCGUUUGAACAUCAAUAUCUGGACUUGGUUUUCUGAAUUAGAACAGCUACGAGGAAUUGCUGAUUAAUGUAAAAUAACUACACUAAAGGGACCAUUAUCUAAAUUCAGCUGAUGCAGCGUUCUGAUGUUGAUAUUAAUGAUAUUUUAAAUGUUUUGUAAAUUCUACGCUUAUAUAAGGGUCCCAAGUCUCUUUUAGGACCGGGACCUAGUCUCUCCAGUUUUCCCCUAAUCGGCCGUAUACUGUUAUUGCAUCGUUAUUGUUACAGUCGGCUAGGUAACCAUAAUAUAUUUAUAAAACAAGGGGUUUUGCGGUCCCUAGUAGGUAAGCACAAUCUUCAAUCAUAUAACAUUUCUAAUAAUAAGCAAUUAAGCAACUACCUUACAAGCAUUCGCAGUUCGUUCUGCUUCUAUACAUAAAAGUAAACACUUACUUAGAUACUUUAAUUCCAAUGUAAUAAGUAGGUAAUACACCAGGUACAGUCGUCAUCAGAUAUAUAUAUCGAACAUAGUGCCUACAAAAAUCUCUACACAUAUUAUGACGGCAUUCGAAUUGUUAAUACUUAGAGUGAUGUUCUGAUAUUUUUGAUAGCAACUGGGGGCCUACCGCGAAAACCGAAAUUCGCAAAUUGCGGGGAUCUUUCUCUUUUACUCCCACUAAGACGUAAUUAGAGUGACAGAGAAAAAUGCCCGCAAUUGACGAAUUUCAAUUUUCGCGGUUACAGCCCUGUACUCCAUGGAGUACUACCUCAGUACUACCCACCCCACUGAAUACUAGUGAAUACAUUCAGCAGCGUACCUAUUCUAUAAAGUAGGUAAAUAAUACCUACUGUCGUAGGUGAAUUAGAAUUAAUUAACUUAUGUCACAACUGAUUCUCUAUAAAUCUAUUAGAGCAGGCCAUUUUGAGAAUUAUUUUCGGCUGCUGGCUUUAAUACAUUUUUGUGUAUGUACCUACACUUGGCGCACGAAAGUUAUGGUGUACCUGUACCUACCUACGAAUCUGUCUCGGGCCGGGUCUUACGCUUCUUCGUAGUUCGUGCACGAACUGUAGUCAGUUCUAGGUGAAAGGCAUUGUUUAAACCCUAGCUAAAGUAUUUAUAAUUUUGUUUUGUUAUUUGUGAGUAACCUUAUGCCAAAAAUAAAAAGGGAUACCAUU